AUGAAAAAAAUAAUUUAAAAAGCUAAAAACUUUCAUUACAUAUUGCACUUCGAUUAAGCCAACAUAAGUGAAUCUAUUUUGCUAUUCACAAAUUUCUUAUAUUUUGCAUAGCUUUUGAAUUUAGGAAAACAUUUUCAACCCAACUCAGAAAUUGUGUAUGCAUCUCUUAUAAUUUUAGAACUAUUUAUUCACUUUUGAAAAGUACAUUUAUUUUAAAUCUUAUUCCAGAAAAGUACUUUCCUCAUAUUUAAAUUCUUUUACUCAUCUAUAAUUUAUCUUUAGCAAUAAGCAUACUUACUGUAGUACUGCUAAACAUUAAUCAUAAUUCAAAAAAUUGGAUAUUAUUAAUGAUUACUAUUAAUGUGACAUUGAAUGUGUACCCUAAUGUAUUUUUCAUUCCAAAUCUAUGGUUAAAUAUUAAAUAAUGUUUUACUUAAAGUAUCUUGUAUUUCUUUAUUGCAUUGAUCAACAUCAUUUUUACAAUUGUUAUUACUUUUUUUGUUGUGUUUUUUUAGAGAGGAGAUUCCUUAGCAAAUAAUGAAAACAUUACGAAUACUAUUAUUGUUGCUCGAAUCUUAAUUAAACUAACUGAAUUUAUAACAGUUUACAUAUCAUUUUUAGAUGAUACAAUUUCAUUCAUUCUGGAAUAAUUUAUUCUAGUUUGCAUUAUCUUGUUAAAUCUAUUCAAGUUAACAUCAAUAUCUGCAAGUAAAGUUCAACUUGGUAUAUUAUUCUUGAUAUUUAAUCUAUCCUUAUUUGCUGAUUACAGAGUGAUGGAUUAUUUAUUGAUUAGUAUACUAAUAUUAUCAUUACAAUCAUAGAUUCAAUUUAGUUAAUUAUAAUAAAUUUUAUUUAAUUCAGACACCAUACUUAGCUGUUAACUAGCAGAAAGAGUUUAUAAGAGAUGCUUAGUUGACAAAUAGGCCAGAAUUCAAUUGUUAGUUUUCAAAAAUAACCAUAAAUGUUCUAAAUGUAAGGCUUUUUAUGAUAUAAUUGAAUGUAUAUUAAAAAGGACUUGUAAGAAUGAAAGAGAUAAAAUUAUAUAUGCCAAUUUUAUUUCUAAAAAAUGGCCUUUAAGAGCUUUGGUAGAACUAUUGAAGGAAUAGAAUGAGGAUUUCUAUUUUUAGUCAGCAAUUUUAACAUUUUAGAAGACAAAUGAGUCCAAAUUUGAUAUAUCAAGUUACAUUUAAACAUCGUACAAAUCAUAAAUAGAAUGUGAAAAUAUUAAAAGUAGAUUGCUGUCUUUAAUUACAUUUAUGAUUAAAUUUUGGAAUUAAACAAUUAUGAAUCAGUUUGGAAUCAAAUAAUUUUAUAAAUAAGUUUAAUAAGUAGGCAAAAAAAUAGAUCAAAUUAAUAAAACUAUAGAAAAAGUCUAUGAUGUAAAAAAUUGCAAAUUAAAAGACAAUGAAUUCAGUGAUGUUAUUACCUUGAGAUUAUUGUAAAUUUAUUAUUGUAUUGCCAAUGUUGACCUGAUUAAAGUAUAUACAAUUAUAAAAUUUUAGGCAUAACAAAUGGAAGAUAAAAUUAAUGACUUGUUUCGAAGUGACAAAUUCAGAUAAUCUAAUACAAUCGAUAAUAAUUAAUUAGCAACGAGUAAAUAUUGUGCUAACAUUAGAUAGAUCCAUGCUUCUAACUACAAGUCUUAUUUACAAUAUUAACAAAUUGCUCUAACCAAAUUAUUAAUAAAUAAGUUUAUUUUUUGAUGCAUAGAUAGAGGAAGUUAAUUUUAUUAAAACAAGCUAUGAAAUUAUGCCUUAAUUUAUAUCUCAUAUACAUGAUUAAUUAAUUGAAAACUUUAUACAAAAAGGAUAGUCUCGUUUAUGUUAAUAAGGACAAUCAUCAUUCUAUUAAGAUUUAAAGGGAUAUAUUAUUCCAUGUAAUAUCCAUAUAAUACCAGAAUAAGGAUAGAAUGAUUACCUUAUAAAUGCAAUAAUUACAAAGGAUUUAAAUUACAAUUAAUGUAUUGUCUUUGGUAUGAAUGGAAGACUUUAUGGAAUGACUUAAGACUUUUUCGAAUUUUCUUAGUAAUCUAUGUAGUUUGAUACUUAUUCUAAAAAACUAUCAAUCAAUGAUUUAGUUGAUAAAGGUUCUCUUGUAUAAUAUUACAUUGAAAAUAUAUCAGAAUAAAUUUAACUUUUAAAAUAGUCAAUUGAGAAACAUUAAAAUUAUGUAAUUUCGGAGGCAUAAUCUCAAUGGCAAUAUCCAGAUAACCAUUUGAAUUGUCUUUUCAAUACAAAUUCAAUCCUCAAGUAGCAAUAUAAUUCAUCAAUCAAUCAAAUGCUAUCUUUUUCAAAUUUCAUGUCAUAAAAGACUUAUUUAUAAACAUCAAAGUAAACUGAGAAGUCAGCUCAAAUAUCUGAUUUUGAUGAAUCAGGAUCAUAAAAUAAAGAAUUGAUAGUUGAUGGAGUUGAGUGGUCAAUAUUAAAUUAAAGUUAUCACAAUUCUAUUAGAUAGAUGUUAGAUCAAUUUAGUGAGAAAUAGAAGACAAAUAGAAUUCGGUUAGUAUUGAUUUAUUCUUUGACAUUUAAGAAGAUUUCAUUUGGCAAAAGAUCAUUAGGAUAUUUUGUUAUAGAAUUAAAAGACUAUCGAUAAGAAUUCACUCAGAAAACAACAUCCCAAUAUUUUACAACUUAUUAAACAAGAAAAACAGAAUCUAGUCAUAAAAAUGUAUCCAAUUAUACCUUUCCCAUGAGUGAGGUUGAAGAGGUGUAUUCAGAAAAACCAAUUAUAGAUGAUGAUUUAGAUAAUCAAAUAAAAUAAAUUAAUCUAAAAAAUCAUCUGUUGUAUCUCAAUAAAUUAGAAGUAGAUAAAUAAACUAUCGUGUUAAAUGAAAACCAAAUUUCUUCAAUUAAUGUAACCAAAUAGAAAAUGUAAUCAUAUGAUUUUGAAAACUCCUCAAGACUAUUAAAAAUUCAAACUGAUAGAUAGCCUAAGAAACAUCUUCUAACAACAAGGAUAGAACUCCAAAGUAUCAAUAUUCAACAUGAUGACGAUGACAUAAUGUAGGAAGUAGAAAAGGAAUUUGAUGAAAUUGUCUUUGAGAGAAAGAUGAUUAAUAAUUAAGAUUAGGAUGAAGACAAUUUUGAUAUGCAGAGAGACAAAAACCCAAAAGAUUGCUAUUUAAAAUAGAAAACUAAAAUUAUUAAUGAAUAAUAAUAAAGCAAUCAAACUUUUACAAGGUAGCUAUCUGCUCUUAAAGACACAUUUUAAUAUCUUGAAAAGAUAAGCAGCAAUAACUUUACAAUAAAUUCACUUAAAAAAUUCACAUACUUUUCUCUCUGUGUUAUAAUACUACUAUUGAUAAAUGUUGUUAUGGACUCUUUGAGGGCAUACACUCAUGUGUCAGAUAAUGAUACUUUCAUAGUCUAAACUUUAGAUGAGAUAAAAUUUCAUAGAAUAUGUGCUAUCAAAUUGAGUUUGUUCAUUACAAAACUUUUAGGGUAAUAAUCCAUCAUCAAUAAGAAUUAAAUCAUAUUCUAGUUAGUAUAAAAGUAAAGCUAAUACAUCUAUGAUUAUAACACUUAUAAUCAAUAGUAUUUAUUGAUAAAUAAUUUUGAAUCAACUCAAUAAGUAACUUCAGAUCAAUUUAAUAUGUUAUUAUAAUAAUUUGAUAAUGAUAUGAGAAAGAGUUACUAGAGUGCAGAAUAAAACAAUACUUUUAACUCCACCUUUCAAUUUACUACUGGAACUUAAUUAAUCUUUAAUUACAUAUAUGACAUAGUAAUGCAAGAUCUAGAUAAGUAUGAUGAUUAAAAAUUGGAUUAUAUAUCAGCAUCCAUUUUUAUUAUUCUAUAUGUUCUUCUAAUAGUUUAUUAAAUCAAAUUUUUAUACGCCAAAUAAAAGGUGAUUAUCAAAUUACUUAAAUUAUCCCAUCAGACCAAUGUUAACAAAAUACAAAAUUAAAUAGCAAGACUUUCAACAAUCAAAGAGACAUUUGAUAGUAAUAAUUCCAAAAAUUGGAAAUUAACAUCUUAUGUACAAAUCAUUUCAGAAGAUGUUUAGCAUGAGAAAUCAUAAAAGAAACAAAAUCAUGAUUUAGAAGGUAAUAUUGGACAUUAAUACAUUUAUCCGAAUAUUAUUGCUAUACUAUUCUUGUGCUUAUUUGCUGCUAUGGGAUUACUCUUUUAACAAAUAUAUUAUUAGAAAGAGUAUCUAACAAUAUAGAAAUAAUUUCUAAAACUAAACAUAAUGAUUGAUCACAGUCUGAUUUAUGGAAGUCUGAUCAAAACUUAUUACAUAUUAUAAAUACCGAGAUCCUUAGAUGGUUCUAUAAUUGAUAAUUUCAAUGAAUCCAUAAAUAACUAGAUAGAUAUUACAAAUGAAAUUAUUGAUCAUUUAGAGACAUUGUAAGAAAGAAGUUUACUUGAUUCUUUGAUUAAUGAUCAAUGUCUUUAUUAUAAGGAUAUGAUAGAAUAUUGUCAGAAUAGUUAAUAUCAAUAUAAUGAAAUGUAUUCAUUAAUCGAAAGAGGGAUUAUUAGUUUAACAAAUAACAUUCAAAAAGUGAAGAAUACUGAAUUCAAUUAAGAGUUAGCAACUAAAUAAUUUUUGAAAGAAUCCAAAGAAUUAACUGAUUAUAUAAAUAGUUAGUCUUUCAUUAAUACGUUUUUAGUGUAUUUUUCAGAGAGUGUAAACAUAUUAGAUAAGGAAAUAGAUACUGUAUAUUAGGUUGGAUAAGAUUAGUUUAGUAGUUAUGUUUUGAUGAUUGAAUUAUAUGAGAUUGGUGUGGGGAUUAGGUAAUAAGAUAAUUCAAUAUUUUUAGUCUUGGUUUAAUUUAUCUACUUUAUGGAUACUUAACUUAGAUUUAUCAUAGAUCAGAUUUUAAAAUUAUAAUACUCUUUUUAAGAACAAUUCCAAAUGAAUAAAUGUAGCUAAAAAACAUUUUACAUUAAAUCAAGAAUAUAGUUUAGGAGAAAUGA